GACAGACUUCCGCCUUCGCAUAUAGAAAGCCCGUGCGCAGAACAAAAAUGUAAGGAUUAUUGCUUUCUCAAAAUUCCGAAUUCGUUUAUGCGUGGUUGUUUUUUUUUUUUUAUACGAAAAACAGGAACCUUUCCAUGAUGUUUCGGCCAAAUGAUUUGUCUGUAUCCGUGCCUAAGGUUCAACCCGGGUACAAAGAAAAGCCUUUCGCCGUCGUCUCUCCGAUACCGAGACACUCGCUGAAUUUAGGAAUUUCCCCGGAAAUCCAGCGCGGUUUGCCCGAUGGUUCUUUACCAACUUCUCCCGAGUCUGACAGCGACGAAACUCCCGUCGGCUGCUGCUUCCUGGCGCAUAACACGCGAGAGAUCAUCCGCGAUUAUUUUCUGCUCGUCACCUCUCCUUCUCGCCAUUGUGGGCGACAUCAUAAGGUUUUACAGACGAUGAAGCGUGUUGUUGACAGCCUGCUGGUGAAGCACGAACUUGUGUAUAAAGGUAUGCUUGGAAAGCUGAAUUUGGACGAGAGAGAAGAUGACAUGAGUGUGAUUAGUUCCGUGGCGAAAGAGCUAUUCAGUGACGGCAUCACAAACUGGGGUCGUAUUGCCAGCCUGCUCGCCUUUGGGGCAGUUGUGUGUCUGUAUGAGAAGGAGUCUGGACGAGGGCAUUGUGUAAGCUUUGUGGCAGAAGAGAUCUCGUCCUAUCUUCUCUGUAAUCAAAAGGAGUGGCUUCUGAAAAAUAACUCAUGGGAUGGCUUUGUGGAAUUUUUUCAUGUUUCUGAUCCCGAAUCUUCAGUGAGGACUGCAUUAACAACCAUUGUUACUGUGGCAGGCAUUGGGGCUGUUCUUGCCUAUUUGACCAGAUAAGUUUCACUGGGCCAUCUGACUUUGGACUUUCAUAUAAAGCAGUAUAAGAACUUUAACAGUCGGAUGUCAAAAAUCCAUUCCAUUGCAGAGUGAAAAAACCAGUCAUGUAUGUGGAAAAUUUGUGUGCAUUUUAUUCAUGAAGAAUUUAUUUUUUUUAUUAAAAUGUUUCUUAAAACACUAUGAUCUCAAUUUUUUUUUUUUUGUACAGGAAAGUUAUGUACUUGGGUUGACUUGUAACUUUCAACCAAAGCGCAUAGCAUUUUCAAGACAUUGUUUAUUACCUAUCAAUGUACUCAAACAUCUGUGUGGUACUGUGACAAAAUGGAGCUAGUUUCCCAGGCAUUACUGUAUAGUCCUAAAGAAUAAGCUGAAGGUGCUUACACCAUGAAACUAUAUAAAUUUUACAGAUACUUUUCAUAUGUAGAAGAUUUCGCUUUGGUGCCCCCCCCCCCCCCCCCCCCCUUUUUUUUUUUCCUCUCCAUGUUAGGCUUAAGAGAUGGUGCUUUCUGAACCUUCAGGACAUUCACUCAAUUAUUUUCUGUUUUCACAUUAAAAGGGUUUUGUUGAGUAGAGAUCUCUUGCAAUAAAACUGAUUGUUUCAUGUAA